UGGUAUGAUUCCGUGGACAGUUAUCGCACGUAAACUGCGUAGGAUUUUGCGUCAAGCUGCGGCGGUUUCGAACGCUGUGAACAGAGCCGAGCCUCAUAAAAUGGCGGAUCGCGGUGAAGAUGUAGAUGGAGAGAGCGAAGAUGAAUUUUAUGAGGUUGUUAACAUCACUGAUUAUGCCAGGAGGCAUGAAUGGUGGAGUCUUGUUUUUGGGAACAGUACUGGACCCAUUGCAGAAAAGUACUCUGUGGCUUCACAGAUCAUGAUGGGUGGAGUGACUGGAUGGUGUGCUGGUUAUCUUUUUCAGAGAGUUGGGAAAAUUGUGGCUACUGCUGUUGGAGGAGGAUUUCUUUUGCUACAAAUUGCCAACCACAGUGGCUAUGUGCAGGUUGACUGGAGGAAAGUGGAAAAGGAUGUCAAUAAAGCUAAAAAGCAUUUGAAGAAAAAGGCAAACAAAGCAGCCCCUGAGCUCAAUUCCUUUAUUGAAGACUCGACAGAAUUUGUGAAGAGGAAUAUUGUUAUCUCGGGGGGAUUUGUCGGAGGAUUUCUGCUGGGCCUGGCAUCCUAAAUCAAACCUGGAUCUACUGUAUUGCCACUGAUUGAAGUAGUUUGCACAUGAAUAUUCUCCCUUAUCUCUGUAUCGCAGCGAUACAACUCUGAAACUUGAUGUAUUGUCUGAACUGUUGUUCUAAAUAUAUUCCUCCAAAAUGUUGUUCUUAACUGUACAUAGCUUAAUCAUUCUGAUGAAGAGAGAUAUAUUGUGCCAAUAACUUUAUACAAAAAUUGGUGGUGUGGUUUUAUGUUAUAUUUUUAUAUUAUUUUGCUUACCCUUAAUCAUAAAGACAUCAACAUGAAGUCUGUUACAUAUACGACUCAAGUGUUUCUUAUUGUAUUUUGUUUUUGACAAUACAUUACUUGAGUUAGUUGUAAUCAUUUCCUUAAUAUUUACUUGUCCAGAGGCAUGUAUAGUGUUUUUUUUUUUUUUUGAGAGAGCUUUGUGAUGAAUUUGUUCUUAAUAUACAGCAUAACCCACCAAUAACAUGUUUGUGAAAAAAUACAAAUCCUGUCCUUCUGGUUAUUUACGCUCUAUUCAUGUAAUUCAAUAAAUGUUUUGUCUGUGUUGA